AUGAAAGCUUUGUGGUCUCAAACAGCCCCCGAUUAUACAGCUGCUUUGUUACGCGAAUUUCACGACAAUUUAGAAGUUUCAGUUCGUUCACUCAAAGCCCUAGGGAAAGACAAAGCCGGUUACGAGGAACUUUUAAUUCCAAUGUUAUUAUCACGAUUGCCGAUACCGUUUCAACAACAACUUUCUCGUUCUAAUUCUAGUGAAGAUUGGACUGUAGCAUUAUUAAGUAAACACAUGAUACAAGAAAUAAAAGUACUCGAUAUCGGACAGAAAAGUGAGAUUAUCGAUAGUAAUCCAUACAAUGCAUCGAUCGCCGCAUUCACCACGAAUAGUCAAAAACCUCAAACCGAUAAUGUGUCUGCGUUCAAUGGAACCUUUCGAAACAAAGAAUAUCAACCGCCAGUUGGAACCAGAAACACCGUUAAUAAGAUGGAAUCAAACUUCUCCCGACCUCAGAAACCUCUGCAAUGUAUCUACUACAAAUACUGGGAAUUUGUUGGUGAUCACAUCAUACAAGGUUGUAGUCCAGUUACCGUAUCAUCUGCUUUCGGAUACUUGCGCUUGGGUCCUAUAAACACCGGGAAACGCCGUUCAUGCAAUAUACAGACAUUCCAUGUUUCAACACUGAAAUCUCCAGAUGAACAACUCGAUACAAUGAUUGCUUCUUUUUGGGAUUUAGAAACAAUCGGAGUGAAGGAUACACUCACACGUAAUGAUACUAAAUCCAUGUCACACAAUGAACAAUAUCGAAAUUAUACUGAUCAUUGUCUUACCGAACAUGACGGUCGUUUCACCGCAAAACUUCCAUGGAAGACUAACCACGCAACCCUUCCAACCAACUUUGAUUCUGCUCAAGUAUGUACCCGUAAUAUGGUCGCUAAAUUGCCAUCUAAACUUGUUACCGUCUACGAUAAUAUUAUACGCGAACAAAUCGAGAAAGGGUACAUUGAAGAAGUAACGCAAGAUAAUUCUGAAGUAGGACAUUAUUUACCCCAUCGUUCUGUAAAGAAAGACAGUAAAACCACGCCAAUACGAGUAGUGUAUGACUGCUCAGCGACCCCAGGUAAGGGUCAACCAAGUUUGAAUCAAUGUCUGGACACGGGUCCCCCCAUGCUAAACUCAUUAACGUCAAUUCUACUCCGAUUCAGGGCAAAUCCAAUCGCGCUUACAGCAGACAUCGAAAAGGCAUUCUUGCAAAUCAAACUCGAUGAAAGGGAACGAAAGUUUACCAAAUUUCUUUGGUUGUCGAACGCUGACAAUAUUAACAGUAGUUUCAAAACUUACCAGUUCGCAUCCCUGUUAUUCGGAGCAACUUGUUCACCUUUUAUACUCAACGCUGCGAUAAGAAACCUAACAGAUAGUCACAUUCAUAAACCGGUAGCACGUGACAUACAUGUACAACAAAAUAUCUAUGUCGACGAUGUUGUUUCAGGAUGCAGUAAUACUACUGAAGCAAUCAAUUUCUAUGAACAAUCGACCUCCAUAUUUGCAACACGCAAAUUUAAUCUACACUUGUGGAAUACGAACGAUACUUUCUUGCACACUGUCAUGAACAACAACGGCCGAUCCAACAUGAAUACAAAUAUUAGUGUACUUGGGCUCCGAUGGAACUCAGAUGACGACACGCUAAGAGUAAAACCACCCAAAGUGCCCAAUUUUGGCUCCUAUACUACGAAGCGCGACAUUGUCGGAUACUCGGCGAGCCUGUACGACCCGUUAGGACUGUUCUCUUCGAUACAAAUAAGAGCGAAAUUGCUAAUACAAACUCUUUGGUUGUCCAAUCACAAUUGGGACAUGCCCAUAACCAAAGAAUUAUGA